AGAGUUAGAGGAAGGUUGUGCCUCCCUACUGCGAUUUUGGGACUUGAGUAUAUAAUUGCGAGCCAAAGACUUUGUGCUCCCUCCCUCUCUCUCACCCUCUCUCUCUCUUUCUGUCGAAGUGACAGCAAUAAGACAUGGCCACUGCAGGAAAGGUGAUUAAAUGUCGAGCUGCUGUAGCCUGGGAGCCCAAUACUCCUCUGGUGAUAGAGGAAAUUGAAGUGGCUCCACCCCAAAAGAAUGAAAUACGUAUCAAGGUGAUUGCCACAGGUGUUUGUCAUACCGACUUGUACCAUCUGUUUGAAGGAAAGCAUAAGGAGGGCUUUCCUGCAGUCCUUGGCCAUGAGGGGGCUGGUGUGGUGGAGAGUAUUGGACCUGGAGUCACCGAGUUUAAACCAGGUGAUAAGGUCAUUCCACUCUUCAUCUCUCAGUGUAGAGAGUGCAGGUUCUGCAAGAGCCCAAAGACUAACCUGUGUGAGCAUAGCUGGUCUAGUGAUCGAUAUGCUCAGAUGUCGGAUACCACCACACGCUUCUCAUGUCGUGGUAAGCCUGUCCUGCAGUUCAUGGGCACGAGCACCUUCUCAGAGUAUACGGUCAUGAACCAGAUUGCCGUGACGAAGAUCCAUAAUGAUGCCCCAUUGGACCGUGUUUGCCUGCUUGGCUGUGGAAUUUCCACCGGCUACGGAGCAGCCAUCAACACCGCCAAGGUAGCGCCAGGCUCAGUGUGCGCGGUGUUCGGGCUUGGUGCCGUAGGCCUUGCUGCAGUCAUGGGCUGUAAGAACGCUGGAGCCUCCAGGAUCAUUGCUGUGGAUAUAAACGAGCAGAAGUUUGAAAAGGCAAAGAUAUUUGGUGCCACUGAAUUUGUGAACCCCAAAUCACACAACAAGCCCGUCAGUGAGGUUCUGGCAGAAAUGACCAACGGGGGUGUGGAUUUCUCCCUGGAGUGUGUUGGCAAUGUGGCUGUUAUGAGGAGUGCACUGGAGUCGUGUGUUAAAGGUUGGGGCGUGAGUGUGCUUGUAGGCUGGACAGACGUUAGUGAUUUCUCUGCUCGACCAAUUCAGCUAAUUGCUGGAAAGACCUGGAAGGGAUCGCUGUUUGGAGGGUUUAAGAGUAAGGAUUCCGUUCCAAAGCUAGUCCUAGACUACAUGGCUGGCCGUAUAAAGCUGGACGAAUUUGUAACUCAUACAAUGAGCCUUGAACAGGUCAAUGAUGCCAUUGAACUCAUGAAGAAGGGCGGAUGCAUUCGAACCAUCCUGAACGUGUCCAAGUGAGAAGGGCACAGCCACAGCUACUUGAAACCAAUGUCAUUACUGCUUCUGCCAUGUCUUCUGCUACUCAUUAUUCAUCUUUUAAUAAGCUUGCAAAGAAUGUACUAAGGGAUUUUGUCUUGAAAAGGGGUUAAUGUUCCAAAGCCCUGCGAUACUCAGAAUAAGUGUUUAUACUGAAGUACUCACAUUAUUCAAUUAGUGCAUUUAACCUGCAUGCCAUUAUAAGCCUAUAACCCAAAUACUUUAAUUAGAUUUUUCUAAUCCAGAUAUUAUGCAAUUAUAUAAAAAGCUACGGGGUGGAUGGAAAUUGUAAAAUGGUUGCAUGUGCUAAUAAAAAUGAAAAUUAAUGAUG